AUGGCGGCGGGGCGGCCGCCGCUGGGCGCGGCGCUGGGCGCGGCGCUGCUGGCGAGGCUGGGCCUGGUGCUGUACGGGCUGCACCAGGACGGCGCCAUGCGCGUGCGGUACACAGACGUCGACUACCGGGUCUUCACCGACGCGGCGCGGCUGGUGACCGAGGGGCGGUCGCCAUACGGACGGGCCACCUACCGCUACACCCCGCUGCUGGCCUGGGUCCUGACGCCCAACGUCUACCUCGCCGAGGUCUUCGGGAAGCUGCUCUUCGUGGCGGGGGACCUGGCGGUUGCUGUCGUCGCCUACGGGGCCGUGCGGCGUCGGGGGACCACCGCCGGCCAGGCCUGUGGGUGCUGCGCCGCCGCCUGGCUCUUCAACCCGGUGCCCAUGGCCAUCUCCAGCCGAGGCAACGCGGAGGCCCUGGUGGCGCUCCUAGUGCUCGCCACGCUGUACUUGGUGGAGGGGGGCAGCGUAGGGAAGGCCGCGGUCUGCUAUGGGCUGGCCGUGCACAUGAAAAUAUACCCGCUGACCUACGCGCUGCCCAUAGCGCUCCGCCUGCAGAACAAACCGUGUGGCGGGGAAGGGGCAGGGGGUGGCAGAAACCCAAAGUUUGCAUUCAUAGCGUACCCUUGGCGGCUUUUUGUAAAGGUACUGAACCGCGAUGUGCUGCUUUUUGGAGCUGUUGCUGGAUCUGUGCUGGCUGCCUUGACUGUUGCAUUUUAUCACCUCUAUGGCUGGGAGUUUUUGGAGCAUGCCUACCUCUACCACCUGACCAGGAGGGAUGUCCGUCAUAACUUCUCUCCCUACUUCUACAUGUUGUACUUAACUGCAGAGAGCAAAUGGAGUUUUGCCCUCGGACUCGCAGCUUUCUUGCCUCAGCUGCUUUUGCUCCUGGUUGUGUCCACAGCAUUUUACAGAGACCUCGCCUUCUGUUGUUUCCUUCACACUGCAAUUUUUGUGACUUUCAACAAAGUGUGCACGUCCCAGUACUUUGUCUGGUAUCUCUGCCUUUUGCCCCUCAUAAUGCCUGGUAUUAAGAUGUCCUGGCGUCGUAGUGUGCUGCUUCUCUUUCUGUGGCUUGUUGGACAAGGCCUGUGGCUUGCUCCUGCAUAUUUUCUGGAGUUCAAAGGCUAUAACACUUUUUUACUUAUAUGGUUGGCAGGCUUGCUUUUUCUUCUUAUUAAUAGCUUCAUAAUUGUUCAAAUUAUUUCCCAUUAUCAAAAAGAAGCACAUGUUGCAAAGAAACUCAAACAGCGGUAACAGGCCAAAAUCCAGAAGCAGUUCUACUGGCCUUGAUAAGGCUUUUCAUACCACACGCACUUUGUUUAAUAUCAAUGUGUGUACAUUGUACUUAAGCAUGUUGUAUGUAAGUGAUACUGUCUCAGGGCACCGAUUCGCCUUAAUUGCCCUGAGCAGCCGCAGUCCAGCCCUGAGCAGUGGCUGCAAGUGUACCUGUCUCUCAUGUGGACCUUUGAACUGCAUUGUAACCUCUCCAGAACUGUCUUCAGCCCUGUCUCUUGCUGCUCCUGACAGGACUCACUGGAAGGACCCUGGACCAGUUCAUUGCUUACCCACAUGCCUAGAGCUGUGGAUGGACUCUGUUACUAGCACCCAUCUCCACCUGCCAUCUCCAGACACACUGUGACUGCGCCCUGGCCAGUGAGGGUAUGGCAUGUGCUGGGGUCACCGCAGCUCCUGCCCAUACCCCCUCAUGGAACAGCCCCAGUCUUCUUACUCCCUGGCACCCUUUUUCUCAUUGUUAUUUUACUUGUUGAGGACUGUGACCUCUGUCUAGGAAGACACAGGAUAUGAUUGUCAAACUCCAGCGUCCCCUUGUAGUCUUGUACAUUCCAAAAUGAGUGGUGAGAGAUCCUCGCUGUUUCCUGUGGAAGUUGAUGGGGAAGAGAUCUAGAACAUCUGUGGAAGAAAUAUCUAAAGGGAAUGUCUCUAUCUGAUUAUAUAUGAAGACAGAACUCCAGCCUUGGAAAUGAAUUGAAAUGCAGGCAAACUAAGCAGUAAGCCCAUACUGUGAAACCUGUAUUAUUUAUAUGAAGAGUAUUUUAUCAAGUGCGCUUUCCCUUUUUACAGGAGGAAAAUGGAAUCUUGAUAGCAAUUGUCAAGUUGGAUGAAUAUGACCUUGCUUUCUUAACAUUAUUUAAGGUGGUCUAUGGGUUCUUACAUCACACAGUAGCACUUGUGGAGUUCUACAGGUGUGACCUGUAUAACUUGUUGAUAGGCAACACUGUUGGUGUAGCAAGAGAAUAUUAGUGAGCAGUCACUCUGACACUGCUUUUUGAAGGUUAACUCAAGUAAAAUCCGAUCUCUGCACAAGUCAGCAAUUGUGUUAAUAGAGAUGGUACUGUUUUGACUAAUUUUCCAAGUAGAGCUGCACUGUGUGGCCCGUAUGCUUCCAUUCUGUGCAAAAGAACAUUAAUUCAAAUCCCCCGAUGGUCUGACAGUCAACAUUUUUUUAACCUAUCCUAUGUCCCUCCCACUGAUCCAGUAGAUUGAAUUAGCCAGGAAGCAGGAUUAGAAAAUUUAGUGGAAACCAAAGCAUAGAAUCAUAGAAUCAUAGAAUCGUAAGGGUUGGAAAGGACCUUAAGAUCAUCUAGUUCCAACCCCCCUGCCAUGGGCAGGGACACCUUGCCCUAAACCAUGUGGCUCAAGGCUCUGUCCAACCUGGCCUUGAACACCGCCAGGGAUGGAGCAUCCACAACCUCCCUGGGCAACCUAUUCCAGUGCUUCACCACCCUCACUGUUAUCCUUUGUUUAUUUUCUGCUCUGCAUAGUGUGAAUAUGUUGAAUAACUAAGAAGACUACAUUUUGGAGCAGUCCCAUUUGAGCUAGGUGUUAAGAGGACUUUGUUAAUAUAAGGUAUUUUACACAAAAGCAUCUGAUGGACAAUUGACUGAACGGGCUACACGGGCUUUUGUGAAAUGAUAGUAAAUCUACUGAUAGUUUAUGUCAGCACUAUUUUGCCACAUCUUUCUGUAAUAGCAACAAUGUAACAACUAAAACCAAAAUAUAGUUAAAUUCUAGUUUCAAGCUUCUCUUAUGCAAAGAGUUUGGAGGACACAUAUAGCCAUAAACUCACUGAAGGAGAACAAAUCCUGUAUCACACAGCAUUAAUAAUUCAUUAAUAAUUCUUUCUUUCCCACAGUGGACAUCUUCCUGAAGAAAGUAGCACUUUUUUUUUUUUUCCUAUACACAAUCUGGAAACUCACAUGAGUAACAAAUACUUCUCCACCUUAAAACUGUCAGAUUUACUUGAAAAUACAUUGUAAUUACCAUUAGCACUUCUAAGUUUAGUGCUGGCAAGAGCCAGCUUGUUAAUUCCAGCAGUACAGGAUCUGAAGUCAUGACCAAUUUUCCUUCAUGCUCUAAUAAACUGGUUGAGUAUAAGAAAGUUUGUUGCUGGAAGUUAAGCAAAUGUUGUUUGUUCACUGGAAGAAAUACUGCAUGGAUAGGGCCAAAAUGCACAUGUGCGGGAUGGAGCAAAGUGAUCAAGAAACGGGCAAAAGUGAGGCCCUGGAGACCUUGACUAUUGACUUGCCUCUGCCACUAAUUUAUCAUUAACAAGAGAUUUCAGCUUGUGGUGCUGUUUUCCUCUGCCACUUUUGUUUGCUUGAUCCAUUUAAAUGACAACUUCUUCAAGCCAGGAUGUGUCUCCUAAUCCAUUCCUGUUGCACACUGCCAUGAAGUGAUUGCAGUCUUGUUUGAAACAGUUACAAGCCUAAUUGUUAGUAAAUUGUAAACACUUAACUAAAGACAUUUUGAUUAAAAAAUAUUCAAAAUCC